AUGACCAAAUACAAGCUUCUAUCAAAUGGCACCUGCAUCUAUCCACCGGAUCAAUAUUUGGACCGCAACUUUUACUAUGAUUGCAUAUUAUACUAUAACGAAUAUGGAGUCAGCAUAGUGAAUUCACGGACUCUUCAUGGGUAUAAACCGAGUAUAUACAUGCUGAUAAUGGCAUUGGCUUCAGCGAUCAUUUUCGUCAUUUCCUUAAUGAGCGUCUAUUUGGUCAAGAAAAACCGAGCGCUCAUGAUUCCAUCCAAAAUUUUUCUCUUUGCCGGUGCCUUUCUAUCAAUUUUCAAAGGAUUUCAAAUGUUCUUCCAAUUAUUAUGCUCGAUGACAUUUAACAAAAAGGCUAGUCGGCCAACAUUUACAAGGUUUUUCUGUUUGAAUACUGACGGUUAUCCGGUGUGCGGCUUUUUUCUAAACCAAAUGAUCUCUGCCUAUGCUUUGGCUGCAGUGACAAGUUAUCGAUUGUUGCACUGGGUGUUUUCUAUGAAUAGAUUCCUUUCUGUCUACUUCGAUGGUCAAUUCUAUCUCCACAUUGGCUCAGUGGUGAGCAUGCAAGCAGUGUUCGCCUUGACACUUGCAGCUCUGCCCUUUGUCAUGCUUACGGGAAAUGCAUUUAUUUACAAUGGAGUCGGAAAAACGAGGACCCAUGUAAUCACCGGUUUUUAUUAUCAUCCGAUAAGUUUUGCGGUUCGAGAACACUGGCAACUCGACGAGGUGAAAUGGGCCUUCAAAGUGGCGCCAUUAAUGAACCGCUGCUCGGCUGUCGUUGAUCUCGUGUUUUUCGUCGUGCAAGCAUUGACUUAUUUGAAGAUACAGAAAUUGAAAAUCACCAAUGCCAUAACGAGACGUGCAAAUCUUAAGCUGCAAUAUCAGAUAUUAAUCAUUCAUUUCGUUCUCCUCUUCGCCUGGAUUGUCGACAGCUUUUAUUCAACCUUUUUCUAUAAAGCCACAUAUCAACAUGCUAAAAUGAGCCUCUUUAUCUUGGAAAAUGCUCCUGGAUGGAUCAUUGGCAUUUUGGCUCCAUUAAUGGUUUGCAUUUUCAAUGAGCCAAUGAAACGACUCAGCAGAGCGAUUUCAAAACCGAGACCAAAGCAACGACUUCUCACAGUCACUCAAACAACCCAAGCAAGCUCAACCACUUUUUCAUCACGAAAAACGAAA